GAUCACCUGGAAACCACAGGAGUAAACUUUUGUGGUGAUUUUCAGGCACUUUUUGUGUUGCAGGUUAGAAUAAAUGUUGGAAAUUUUUGGUGGUGCUUUGACAUGGUAGAAUGUCACAACAAGUUUUACGCAAAGUUUGCUUGGUAGGCUCUGGCAAUUGGGGGUCUGCUAUAGCAAAGAUCAUUGGCAACAAUGUAGUGAGAUUUCCAAAUUUCGAGAGAACAGUCAACAUGUAUGUGUAUGAGGAGAUUGUGAAUGGAAAUAAGUUGUCAGAAAUUAUUAACACUCAACAUGAGAACGUGAAGUACUUGCCUGGAGUGAAACUUCCUGAGAAUGUGUAUGCUGUGCCAAGCUUGAUUGAUGCUUGCAAGGAUGCAAAUGUUUUAAUAUUUUGCAUUCCGCAUCAGUUUGUUGUGCCAAUUUGUAAACAAAUGAAAGGCAACUUACAACCUGAUGCUGUUGGAAUAUCACUAAUCAAGGGAUUAAGUCAUGUUUCUGUUAGCAUGGAACGAAUGUCUGAUGUUAUUGCACGCGCCCUUAACAUAAACUGCAGUGCAUUAAUGGGAGCGAAUCUAGCACACGAAGUGGCUGAUGAACAGUUCUGUGAAACCACCAUUGGUUGUACCGAUCCAUCUCUGUGGCAGAUGUGGAAAGAUUUGUUUCAUUGUGAAUACUUUAAAGUGAAUUGUGUACGAGAUAUACUUUCAGUGGAAUUAUGCGGCGCUCUCAAAAAUGCUAUUGCUGUCGGUGCCGGUAUUAUAGAUGCAUUAGAUUACGGCGAUAAUACGAAGGCCGCAAUAAUUCGUCUCGGAUUAAUCGAAAUGAAAGAAUUUGCGGAGCUCUUUAAUGAUGAAGUAAACGAUGAUACGUUUUUCGAAUCGUGUGGAUUGGCUGAUUUGAUUACCACGUGUUACGGUGGGCGUAACAGAAAAGUUGCAGAAGCGCAUGUUAGGACGGGCAAGUCUUUUGAAGAACUAGAAAAAGAAAUGCUGAAUGGACAGAAGCUACAAGGCCCGCAUACAGCUCUGCAAGUUUAUAAAAUUUUGCAGGAGAAAGGUGUGGAGCAAAGAUUCCCUUUGUUUACAUCCAUAUAUCGUAUUUGUUACGAAGGGGAAUCACCUGAGCAUCUUGUCAAGACAUUGAGAGAUCAUUUCUAGGAAAUUCUUUGUAAAUAUAUUUUUGUAAAUAAUAAUAAAACCAUAUUUUAAGCGGUAUGUUUUAAUUUAUUAGUUUCAAAUAAUUUUUAAGUCAGGAAAAUGACCCGCAAUUGUAGCCAUGUUUUUAAUGUAUUUUUUUACUUCUUAAGCAGCUGACUCAGUAUUAGGUAGGUCUUAUUGGUACUUCACUUCACGACCCUAAAUGUUGAGUAGCCAGCAAAAUAAAUGUAAGCAAAUGUGUUACGAAGUUAAUUAAAGCUAUGUAUUUGAACUACGCUUGUUCAAAGUACAUGUUAUUUCGUGUCAAAAGAUUUAUUUACAGUGGUCUUGACUUUCAUUGAACAUUUUUUUUUUUUUUUGAUUUGUUGUUUUUUGAUGUUGUUUUCGUUGUUUUUAUUGUUGUUGUUUUUCCCUUGUGUUUCUUUAAAUGCUGUCUACAGUGCGUUAAAAUAUUUUUAAAUGCUGCUUUCCAUUUUCUUGUUUGUAAUAAUUUCUAGUGCUUGUUUGUUUGUUUAUUUGUUUGUGAUUGGCUGAGCACAGGUGUGUAAGAGGAUGACAGUGGUGUACCACCGCUACAAUUAAAAAGAAAAGAAUUUUAGUGAAACCUCUACAAUGUUACAAAUGCAUAGAUAUAACUAAACAAAAUUAUGUUUUUUUAAAAAAAUUAAUUUUUCUGAGAAAUUAGAACCUCGCUCUGCAACUGGGAUAUGAGGAAGUAUAAAUUAAAAAGAGGGAAUAAUGUACAGGUGGAAAUUCCCUCAUUUCAAUGAAGUGUAUAUAAAGGGCUUGUUGCAUGUAGAGCCAAUUGUGAGAUUAUCUGGCCGACAGUUGAUAUUAGAAUUAACAUCGAAACGAUAAUUAAAAUGUCUCCCAUACCGCUGUUGUUUGAGAGUGUGCAACCAAGUGCACCUCCGUUACUGCUGGAUUAUGUCUCAUGUAGGACCACUUGUGACACAUGUCAAGAUGAAGUUGACGCACCAUGGUUAUCUCCUUCGUAUCCUUCAACUGAAUUACCCCCGCAACAUCGUCAAGUACUUCCAUUUGUGGGCCCUUCAUGUGCACCGAGUUGUCACUCAAAUGAAACACUGUCCUUACUAUCGCACCAAGCACAGCCGUGUACAGAAUCACAAGGAAGAGUAAAUGGCCGGCCCUAUUUCAUAAGAGAGGUUCCUGUUUCAAGAAAUAUUAAGCGAAGUCGCUCAAGAAAAAUUAUCCAAAUGUUACGCUUGAUUAAAUGCGGAAAAAUGUCAACUGGAACGACUUGUAUUGUUGCAUGUGCUAUCGUGUUGAUGGUGAUUAUUCUUUAAUGUUCAAUGGAUAGUGGAGUUUCCACUUGUGUAUAAAUCUUAUGUAUGUAUUGUAAGAUAAGUAUUGACAUUAUGAUAUUAUGUCUGAAUUAUUGUUUAAAUUAAGAAGAGUUCUAUUCUUUAAAUUGACUUUAAUAAUCUUGUAAGCGCAUCCGCGUUAUUUUAUUUAUGUUGUAUUAUUCUGUAUUAUCUUAUAUUUAUUUGGAUUAUUAUAUUCAAGUUCAUUAGUAUAUAUUUAAUGAAAAAUAAAUGUCUUUUUUUCAA